AUGGACAACUGUCUCAACAUCACUUUUGAGAUUCUCCAGUCUGUAGACCGAGGACACUGCCUCUUCAGAUCCAUCCUGCCUUCAGAUACAGCAGUGCAGGUACUGGUUUGUGUUUUUGUGAUGAUGACCAUCAUCUCUCUGGUUGUUAAUGGGUGCACUCUGUUCAGUCUUGGACAUUCAGAAGAUUUAUCCUGGGAGCCACGGUUUGCCUUGCUGAAAAAUCUCAUUGUGAGCGACAUUCUACUUAUUGUUACCCAAGGUCCGACAGUAACACACUGCCUGCUACAGAAAACCACACUCCCUUAUGGAGCUUGGUGCAUCACCCAGUUCUUCCUUAACACAGUCUGUGUUUUCUGCACUUUGAUUACUAUCACCUGCAUGGCUCUGGAGCGUUACCUGUAUGUGUGCCUGGCCAUUUACUACCUAAGUAUUCUAACGACUAAGCGCCUUUACCUCAUUAUUGGGCUCACCUGGCUUAUUCCGGUGAGCCUGUCUGCUGUGAUCACAGGGCUGAUAAGUUUAGGGCACAAUCACUUACUGCUGGGGAAACCAACUGCAGGACUCCUCUGUGAGCCGGACACCUUGGAGGCACACCUGGGAUUUCCACGGGCUUCAGCCAUCUUUUGUAAGGUGGUGGGGCUUGUAGUGACACUACUUUGCAUCUUUUCUUAUUCUUUCUCCUACCUGCGCAUGUAUCAGGAAGCAUGCAAUGCCAUACAGCCUUUCCAGCAGGUAAACAGAAGAGCACGCAAAACAGUGGCCUUCUACUGCUCCAUGCUGCUUCUUCAACUGCUCCCCAUCUUUUUGAAGAUAGUGUCAGAUGCUCUGUUGGAACUUGAAGGCAGCAUGGCAAUGAUCCGCUCGACGAAUUACCCUCCUGGCUGGAUCUCAGCAGGGACCCUGCACAUCAUGUUGCUGGUGAUGCUUCAAGUGCCUCCGUAUAUUAAUCCACUGAUCUAG